AUGUCAGCCGAAACAGGGACUUCAUCUCCGGAGCGAUUUCCGGGCGUCGCGCUCAUCACCGGCGCCGGCGGCACAGGCAUCGGAGCCGCCGUGGCCAGGGCCUUUGCGAGAGCCGGAUGCCCCAGGCUCGCCAUCACCGACAUCAACAAGAGCACGCUCGCCGACACGCGGUCCUCCAUCCUGCGCAUCAACCCCCAAGCGCAAGUCCUGGUCCUCUACGGCGACCUCACCGACGACGCCUUCGCCCUGCGCCUCGUCGACGCCGUCGUCGAGACGUUUCAGCGCGUCGACUACCUCGUGCAGUGCGCCGGCGUGCUCGGCGCGCCGCGCCGCUCGCACGAGACCCCCGCGAGCGAGUUUGACCGCGUCAACGGCGUCAACUACCGGGCCGCCUGGCUCCGCGGCGCGGUCGUCCACGUGGCGAGCCAGCUGGGCCUCGUGGCCAAGGCCGGCGCCGCGCCGUACUGCGCGUCCAAGGGGGCCGUCAUCGGCAUGACGAGGGCCGACGCGGUCGACUACGCGCCGGACGGCAUCCGCGUCAACUGCGUGUGUCCGGGCAUCGUGGCGACGCCGAUGACGACGGGCACCAGGGAGCUGGAGGAGGCGGUUCGUCCGGCGAUUCCGAUCGCGCCGAUGAAUCGCAUGGCCUCGCCGGACGAGAUUGCGGGGCCGAUCUUGUUUCUGUGCUCGCCCGAGGCGUCGUUUGUUCAGGGCCAUGCGCUGGUAGUCGAUGGAGGCUACACAAUCAACUGA